AUGCUAAGUUAUCAUAUGAAUGGCUAUAGUGGGUAUGGUAUUCAAUAUUCACCAUUUUUUGACGACACACUUGCAGUUGCAACAGGUUCUAACUUCGGGCUUGUGGGAAAUGGUAAGCUAUUCAUAUUGCGGAUAGCUGCAAAUGGCCAAAUUGCUGAGUCUAAUUCUUUUUUAACUAUUGACGGACUUUUUGACGUUGCAUGGAACGAACUGAAUGAAAACCAGGUUUUAACAGCACAGGGUGAUGGUUCGCUUAGGUUGUUUGAUGUUAAUUUACAAAAAUAUCCAGUGGCAAUCUUCAAGGAGCACCAGCGUGAAGUUUUCAGCUGCAGUUGGAAUCUACUACAUAAGCAGACUUUUUUGAGUUCUUCUUGGGAUGGCACUGUAAAAGUUUGGUCCCCAUCCAGACAACAAAGUUUGAACACUUUGAUCCCGUAUUCGACUAACAGUACCCAUAUUUGUGACCAGAACGUGCUUAAGAACGAAAUACCAAUGUCUAAGCAGCUUAUGCAGCAAAAUCGCUCAACAAGCAAUAGAGAUUGUAUUUACCAGGCGUUAUAUUCUCCACAUGAUCCCAACAUCGUCAUAAGUUGUUCAGGUAAUUCAUAUGUCUCUAUAUUUGAUAUUCGGCAACCAGCCCAGACUAGUCAGCAGCAAUUCAUAGCCCAUAAGGGAUUGGAGGCUUUAUCGUGCGACUUUAACAAAUAUAGACCUUAUGUCAUAGCUACUGGUGGUGUAGACAAAAUGGUCAAGACCUGGGAUUUAAGGAUGAUUCGACAGUCAUUGCUAAAUAGUAGAUCUUCUCCGGUUACGACGAACGAGAUGCAGGGACAUUCUCUGGCAGUAAGGAAAGUUGCCUGGUCGCCGCAUCACUCUAAUAAGUUACUUUCAACUUCCUAUGAUAUGACAUGUCGUGUUUGGCAUGACCUAAGCGAUGGUCCCAAUGGCCAAUAUUCAGGUAAGACGAACAACAGUGAUCCUCAAAGAGGCUGCCGAAUGAUAUUUUCUAAGCAUACCGAGUUUGUUUUUGGUGCCGAUUGGAGUUUAUGGGGUGAGCCAGGAUACGUUGCAACUGCAGGAUGGGAUGGUCAUGUUUAUGCUUGGUAUGCAUUAGCUGGACAGUAG